AUGGUCCCUGCGAGUCAACCGAAAUUUUGGCUCGGCGAUGAAGUCGAAUAUGAUAACAGCUCAUACAUUGUGCUUAAAGUUGAUAAGGUGCAAAAGUUGUAUCAAUUGGCAAAGGUCGCGGACAAGCAAGAGGAGAAAGGUGGAGAGGUGAAAGGCAGAAAGGUGGGAGGUAGACAGGUGAAAGGUGGAGAGGUUGACGGAAAAUGGGUUGCUGAAGAUAAUAUCAAACUGAAACGGAUUCGUUGA